CAGAAACCAAAUUAGACAUUUGUUUAGAAAGAAGCUUCAUCUUUCCUCUGUGUUAUUUUGUGAUGCUUUUUCCUGCUUGUUAUUCUCAAGUGAGGAGAACCCACCACUUAUAUUUAUCUUCUUUCUAUAAAUUUUUCACAACUACAAUCUCAAAAGCUUCCAUUAAUCUGGGUAAUGAUGUAUUAUUAACUGAGCAAGAAAAAGGGUAUUAUAAUUUUCUCAAAAAUGCCCAUCAAACUUCAGAUUUACCCCAUGGAAAAGCAAUACAUACCCAGAUCAUCAAAAACUGUUGUUUACAUUCCUCCAUUUAUCUGCAGAAUUUUCUGCUUAAUAUGUACCUUAAAUUCGGGGACCUUGAUAGUGCACUCUACUUGUUCGACGAAAUGCCCCAGAGAAAUGUUGUGUCUUGGUCUUCGUUUAUUGCUGGUUUUGUGCGCCGUGGUUUUGCUAAGCAAGGUCUUUUUUAUUUCUCCAGUAUGUUUAGCACUGAUGUGAGGCCUAAUGAGUUCACUUUAGUUAGUGCACUUAAUGCUUGUUCCUUUUCUGGGUUUGUUUCUCAGGCUUAUCAGGUUUAUUCAUUGGUAAUUAAACUGGGAUUUGAAUGGAAUGUUUAUGUUAAGAAUUCAUUUUUGACUGCUUUGAUUAGGAAUGGAGAAUUAACGAAUGCUAUUAAGGCUUUUGAUGGGUGUUUAGAUAAAGAUAUUGUGUCUUGGAAUGCUUUGAUGUCGGGGUACUUGCAGUUUUCACCCUCAGAAGUGCCCAGCUUCUGGUUGAGGAUGAUCUGUGAGGGCGCGAAGCCUGAUGGGUUUACAUUUUCAGCUGUUCUAAGUGCCUUGGGUAAUGUUGGUGAUGAUAAGUUUGGAAUGCAGAUGCAUGGUCAGCUUGUUAAGUUUGGCCAUGCAAGUGAAACAUGUGUUGGGAAUUCAGUAGUUGAUAUGUAUGUGAAGUCUGGGGACUUGGCUAAAGGGCUGAAAGCUUUUCGUGAGAUCAGUUGCAAGAAUAUUCGGUCUUGGACAACGAUAGCAACCGGGUGCUUGACUUGUGGGGCGCCUAGCAACGCGCUAGAGCUCCUUGGAGAAAUGAAGAUUGCAGGUACAAGGCCAAAUCAGUUUAGUCUUGCCACUACCUUCAAAGCAUGUGCUAAUAUUGCUUCUUUGGAUGAAGGAAAGAAAGCACAUGGUUUGAGAAUUAAGCUUGGAAGUGAGAUGGAUGUAUGUGUGGACAAUGCUAUGCUUGAUAUGUAUGUCAAAUGCGGCUGUAUUGAUAAUGCAAUGACAGUGUUUAGGCGUAUUAAGGAUCGGACAACCAUUACAUGGACUACUAUGGUUAUGGGAUUUGCUCAAAAUGGCCAAGCAUUAGAAGCUCUCCAAGUUUUCGAUGAAAUGAUAACUGCAGGCGUUGAGCCAAAUUACAUUGGUUUUGUGUGUGUACUUUAUGCUUGUAGUCAAGGUGGAUUUGUGGAGGAAGGAUGGAAGUAUUUUUCUUUAAUGAGUCACCAAUAUGGAAUAUUACCGGGAGAGGAUCACUAUGUUUGUAUGGUUGAUCUGCUUGGACGAACUGGACAUAUCAAAGAAGCAGAAGAACUUAUCUCAAAAAUGCCUUUCAAACCAGGACCAUUAGUUUGGAAGGCCCUACUUGGCGCUUGUCAUAUUCAUGGGGAUUUUGAAGCAGGGAAGCGAGCAGCAGCGUGUGCUAUCCAUCUUAAGCAGACUGAUCCAUCGACAUAUGUCUUGUUAUCAAACUUGUUUGCGGAUUUGAAUCACUGGGAAGGGUCAAAAGAAAUGAGGGACAUGAUGAAAACUAGAAAUGUAAACAAAGUUCAGGGAAGCAGCUUGUUAUUAUCUGGAUAUUCCUUGCUUCUUCCGUGAUUUUUAAAGGUCUUGCUAAUUCUCAUACGUUCAUUUGUUCCUCUUUGAGCAGUUAUCGCGAGUUCUUGAGCUUCUUUGGGAAGGAAGAAACAUUACCUAUGGGCAGCAAAAAAAUUUGCAUGAUCCGCAGCAACUUGCAAAAAGUUCAUCACACUAAACAUCAUAAUUCAUUUGUUGAGCUUAAUCAUAAAAUGUGUAUGCUUUGAGCUUCUUCAGAUUAGCUUGCAUCUUAGUGUCAAUAAACCAAUAAAAAUUAAACAAUUUAAGGGUUUAUAUCUGUUAUGGGAGAUUUUGUUCGACCGUUGACCGACGUUGACAGUCAAGAUUAAGAUAUACAAGAGUACAAGACCAUGUCAAGAUAGUUACUAAUGGUCCCUAAAAUUAAGGAGAUAAUCUCUCUUGCUAAAAAGAAGUCUAUUAAAGUCGUUGACCGUAUGAACAAUCUAUAAUGUCUACAUUCAAUAGAAGACCAAGUAAAAUGGUGAAUAACCACUUCCUACUUUCAAAGGAGGUCAUCCCCACUAUUCUCCAACCGACCUAUUAUCUACUGUUGGAGUUCUAUAAAUAGAAGAGUCUUCCUUACAUGAAUUCAUUCACAUCAUACGCAUAUUACCUCCUCCUAAAUACAAUACACUACAUACUACUCCUUUAUCCCCAUGUAAUGUAUCCAACCUCCAUCCACAUGGACUUUCCACUAAAAGUAUCAUUGCUCAACUACUGUAUUCUAAUCCCAAACAUCACUCAUCUAAAAGACCACUACUAUAAUUUACUUCUGCAAUAUUACUGAUCCACUACGCCAAAUGCGCACCUGACCAUACUAUAUGGCUACGCCCAAGCUUGUUAUUUAUUUCUAUGCAUGCUUUAUUGAUAUCGAUUAUCAUACACAUAUUGUACUUGUAAACAUUGGCUUUAUGCCCGUAUUAUAGUGGAUUGGUGGACUCAUCUCCACCCGCGGUGUUUACCCACCUUUAUCGAGGUUUCCUGCGUCACCAUAUUGUGUCUUCUCUCUCUCUUUAUUUUUCCGUCAUUUAUAUUCCGCAUCUAACGUUCCUUAUUUUAAUUUAGUUGAUCCAUACGUAGCCUGUAUCCCAUAACAAAUCCUACUUGACGAAAUUUAGCAUAAACAAUUUGGCGCCGUCU